AAUCACUCUACGUGAACUUGGCUGUGACAUUUCCUAUAUACAGACCUCUCUCUCUCUCCCUCUCUCCAUGGCCGGAGGAAGUGAGCUCUGUCUCUGGUUAACCGGUGGUGGCUUUGUGACGAUACUUGCCGCAGUCAGUUUCCUCGUUCAGCAAACCGUCCACCUCCCCGGGCCCCGUUGCUACCUCGAACAGCUCUACGUCCCAGCGCUGGACGUCUCAGCCGCGCCGCCGCCGCAAAGGGCCACCAACUCCACCACCACCAACCCCUUCCUCUUCUUCGUCCUCGGCCUCGAGAACAACCUUCAGAUCCGCAGCAUAUCGUACGGAGACGUCGCCCUCACCUUUUUCUACGGCCGCAAGGCCGUCGCCAACUACACCGUCCCCGCCUUCUACCAGGGCAUGAUGGCCACGGCCCACCGCCGCGACGUGGUGGAGACGCGCGGCCUGCCGUGGGGGGACGCGGUCGGGGCGGUCUCGGCCGGCGGCACGGUGGGGUUCCGGGUGGAGCUGGCGGCGCAGCCGAGGUUUAAGGUGUUGUUUUGGUAUUCGAAGGAGAAGAAGGUGAGGAUUCUGGCGGACGUGGCUGUGGAUGGCACGGGUUUUAAUGUCGGGGGAGAUGAUGUCAGGAUGCAUUUGUUUGUAUUUGUUUAUGUUGAGAAGAUUCCAUUAUUUGCAGAUUUACUCUUGUAUGAAAAACUUGGAGAAGUUUUGAAAGGGUUCUAA